AUGUUGUUCAAGAAUUGCUUUUCGACAGCAGCGCUGCUGGUUUCCGCAGCACAUGCAUUCUUAGCUCCGAGGGCGUUACCUGAGAAACAGCUAUCCAAACGAGUUUACUAUCCGGCCCCAGUGACGGAUUUUCACACGAUCACGACUCCUGGAAGCAAUAUCACCAUACGCUACAAGAUUCCCAGCGAGGAGGGUGUGUGCGAGACCACGCCGGGUGUGCGCAGUUAUUCUGGAUAUGUGGAUCUCAGUGAAGGUAUCGUCUGGCGUUUCAUCAUUAGAGGUGGCGAAUUGCUGAUCUGUUGGCUUUGGACCAGAUGUCCACGUUUUCUUCUGGUUCUUCGAGAGCCGCCGGAACCCUGCAGAGGACGAUUUCACCCUCUGGUUGAACGGUGGACCCGGAAGUGAUAGUCUGAUUGGGUUGUUUGAGGAGUUGGGUCCUUGUCGAAUCACGCCGGAAUUGGAGACUGUGCUGAACCCGUACUCCUGGAACAAUGUCUCCAAUCUGCUGUUCCUUUCACAGCCGGUUGGCGUGGCCUUCUCAUACCAAGCUAUGACGAAUGGUUCCCUUGGGACUUGUACGUCUUUUCCCGGUACACGGCAAAUUUUAGCAUCCUCCUGACUUUUUGUAGGGACCGGCGACUUCUUAAAUGCUACGCAAGCCCCAGUGACUGGCACUUGGUCCACCUUGGUCCCCGAGAACGAGGGGGAAAUCAAUACGACGGACCUGGCGGCUCCGGCGGCAUGGGAGGUUCUGCAGGCCCUCUUGGAGGCACUCCCGCAGCUUCAGAACAAUCGUGCCACGGCACCGAAGAAGUUCAAUCUGUGGACGGAGUCCUAUGGUGGGCAUUAUGGACCUGCUUUCUUUAACUACUUCUACAAGGCACGUGAAACAUUCCAUCGCUCCGUCCUGCGUGGCGCGAAUACUGACGACGAGUAGCAAAAUGAGAAGAUCAAAGACGGUUCGGUGUCUGGCUACGCCAUGGAAUUCAACACUCUCGGCCUCAUCAAUGCCAUCAUCGACGAGACCAUUCAAGCAGGCUACUGGCCCGAGUUUGCAGUCAACAAUACCUAUGGAAUCAAAGUCUACAACGACACGGUCUACAGCUAUGCCAAGUUCGCGAACGAGAUGAUUGGCGGCUGCCAAGAUCAGAUUCAAGGCUGUAUUCAAGCCGCACAGGACAUCAACGGCGGAUACGUACAGGGAAAGAUCACGAAGAUUGCGACGGCGUACCCUGCCAUCGCUGCUCUGUGCUCUGAGGCACAGGUGAUGUGUCAAGACAACGUUGUAAGUUGCUCAUUGCCGAACUACUAUUUUACGCGCUGAUAAGGGGGGGACCAGGAAAGCUUGUACUACCGCUACGGCGAUCGAGGAACGUACGAUAUCAGACAUCCGACCAAAGACCCGACUGCUCCGUCUUACUAUGAAGCCUACCUGAACCAGGCACAUAUCCAGCAAGCUCUGGGAGUUUCCGUCAAUUACACCGGCAUUAACUACGAUGUAUGGUAUGGGUUCCAGUCGCGCGGAGAUUGGGUCUAUCCCAAUUUCCUGCUGGACUUGCAGGAAAUCAUCGCAAGCGGCGUCCGAGUCGCCCUGAUUUACGGAGACGCAGGUACGUCACCCCAAUCCACCAUUCCCAUUCCCAUUCCCAUUCCCCAUCUUCUAUUGUCAAGUGAGCGUAGACUCACUCUUCCUCACAGACUACAUCUGCAACUGGUUCGGCGGCCAAGCCGUCUCCCUCGCCGUCAACCACACGCACAAAGCCGAAUUCGCCGCCGCCGGCUACGAACCCAUGAUCUACGGCGGAAUCCAAUACGGCGAAGUGCGCGAGCGCGGAAACUUCUCCUUCACUCGCAUCUACCAAUCCGGCCACGAGAUCCCCUACUACCAACCGCAAGCCGCCCUGGCGCAUUUCCAGCGGGUCAUCGAGGGCGUGGAUAUCCCGCAGGGUUUGCAGAAAGUCACGGCCAAUUGGACGAGUACGGGACCGGAGAAUUCAACGCGUACGGAGUCUUUUGUGCCGUUGCCGCCGACUGAUAGUGCCGGGUUUGCGGUUUGGAGCUCGAGUAUUGUGGCGAGUUAUGAUGCUUUGGAUCGCAUGCCGCCGCCUACUCAGACGCCUUGA